AUGCCGGUGAGGGUAGAGCAGAAGCUAUUAGAAAGAGGACGUGACAUGAGACGUCGGUACAUGGAUGCCAUGGCUUUGGUACGGAGGUUUGGUAAACCAGACAUAUUCCUCACUAUGACAUGUAACCCAAACUGGGAUGAAAUCAAACGUGAACUCUACCCUAGCCAAACACCACGGGAUCGUCCAGAUCUCAUUGUCCGAGUCUUUAAAGCAAAACUAGAAGAGCUAAAGGAUAGGCUACUAAAAAAGGACAUACUUGGAAAAGUCAAGGCGCAUGUGUAUGUCGUGGAGUUCCAAAAGAGGGGUCUGCCACAUGCACAUUUUUUGCUAAUUAUGGAGAGAAAGUAUAAGAUCACGUGCCCUGAGCAGUAUGAUCUCCUCAUCUCAGCUGAGCUACCAAACAAGAAGAAGUAUCCAGACUUGUAUAAGAUGGUUACCAAGCACAUGAUGCAUGUCCCAUGUGGAACACUUAAUCGCAAUUGUCCAUGCACAAAGGGUCGUGAUACUUGCAAGAACCGUUACCCUCGACCUUUCUGUGAUGCCAUAGUACAUGGCAAGGAUUCAUACCCGGUAUAUAGACGACGCGAAGAUGGGCAAAAAGAAAAGGUUUGUGGACACGAGCUUGAUAAUAGAUGGGUUGUUCCUUACAACCCAUAUCUCCUUCGUCUGUUCAACUGUCACAUCAAUGUUGAGGCAUGUGGGAGCAUCAAGGCAGUCAAGUAUUUAUUUAAGUACAUUUACAAGGGUCAUGACCGGGCAUCUGUGGCUAUGAGAGAGGCUGACAAGGGGGAAAAUGAAGGGAACGUUGAUGAAAUCAAACAAUAUAGAGAUGCUAGAUGGGUAACUCCUCCAGAAGCAUUAUGGAGGAUAUAUGGUUUUGAUUUGAGUGAUAGGAACCCUUCUAUAUUGUCCUUACAACUCCAUCUUCCAGACAUGCACAUGGUGUCAUUUCACCGCUGUGAGGGGGUUCGACGAGUGCUUGAUCGUCCAGGUGUUGAAAAGUCGAUGCUUACAGCAUACUUCAACAAGAACAUGACAGAUGAAACAGCAAGAGGUGUAUUGUACCGAGACUUCCCCGAGUUCUAUACGUGGAAUUUGAUGGCCAAAGAAUGGAUUAGAAGGAAACAAAAGAAACUACGACAGAUUGGAAGAAUUGUGGCUGCCAAUCCAGCUGAGGGGGAGCGUUACUAUCUUAGGGUUCUCCUAAACCAUGUGGCGGGUGCAACCUCUUUUGAGUGUCUAAGGACCGUGGACGACAAACUCCUACCAACCUUUCGUGAAGCUGCAGAAAGAAGUGGCCUAAUCGAAGAGGAUAACACGCUGAAUGAGAGUCUCGCUGAGGCAACCGAGUGGAUGAUGCCAUAUGCGUUGCGAAGGCUCUUUGCAACAAUAUUGGUAUUUUGUGAGCCCAGUGAUGUGUUUGGACUGUGGGAGAAACACAAGGAGGCAAUGUCGGAGGACUACAAGCGCAAUAAUCAAUCCACCUUCAUGGUGGAGCAGAUGGUCCUGAUAGAUAUUUGA